GUCAUCUGCUCCCACUCUACGGAAAUCAGCCGCAUAGCUGAACCAUCAAUGCCUGGACCAUGGCAAAAAUCAGCGAAUCAACCCUUUUAUCCGCGGCACCUCAGGUGAGGAAGUAUACCUCAUUGAUGGAAAGAACCGUCUCCAUAUUUAUCCUGCUUAUCAUAUGCCUUUUCCUUAUUAAUCACACGCCGACUCUGCCAUCUUGGACCACCCGAGACCACAAACCAAACCCAAAACCACAGGAGGGCACCAUCUUUGAUACCGACUGGGACGCCAUCACGCCCAGCGAAAAGCUAAGAUGGGUCCCUUGCUACAGCCGCAUCCCACUGGGGUUGUUGUGUGCACGUCUCACGGUGCCAAUGGACUAUAACCGCCCACUCAGAACCUCGUCGGCCAACCCCAAGGUCCACAUUGCCCUGAUCAUGCUUCCUGGCAAAGGCCAUUCGCUCCGCGACCCAGCCAGCAGCUUCUCCGUCUCGCCUUUGAUCAUCAACCCCGGUGGCCCAGGUGGCUCCGGCGUGCAGGCUGUACUCUCGGCAGGGCAAAAGUUGUCGACCAUGGUCAGCCUGGACCGCGACGUCGUGAGCUUCGACCCCCGCGGCGUGGGCUUCACCUGGCCUCUUGCAGACUGUUUUCUGGACGACUACGCCGUCGACAAUCCACCCAACCCAUCGGAGCGUAGCGCAGCGCUGCUGCAUAGACUGACCUAUGUGCUCCAGGUCGCCGAGAUUGGGCUGGCCAAUUCCUCUGACAAGUCCUUGGGGCAAUACGUCACCAGGAUCAAGGGUCUGACCAAGCUGUGCGAGAAAAAAGAUGGAACUGAUAGUAUCCUCAGACAUAUCGGCACCCCCAACGUUGCCAGGGAUUUGCUGAGCAUUGUAGAGGCCUGGGAUUUGUGGAUGGACGAGCGAGCCAAGACUCGGCCACCCCGAAAUGAUGGCGCGGAUAGCCUCGCCGCGACAGUUCGGCCAUCUGAAGACCCCCGACUUGACACGCGCGGCAAGUUGGUGUACUGGGGCUUCAGCUAUGGCACAGUCCUGGGUGGCACAUUUGCUUCCAUGUUCCCCGCCAAGGUUGGCCGUAUGGUGCUCGAUGGUGUUGUUAGUUUGGAUAUAUACCGAAAGAAUGAAAUUGCUGCCUUCAUCACAGACGCAGACGCGGUUUUCGAGUCCUUUUUCAGGUACUGCUACGAGGCUCGCGAGAAAUGCUUCUUUUACCGUCCGGGCCAAGAGCCCAAAGACCUGAAGCAGCGAUACAAUAGCAUCAUGUCAAAAUUGGAAAAAGAACCCUUGAUCGUGACCUCUAGCGAGGUAAGGAUGCCCAUUGUCGUCAGAGCCAGUGACAUACAUACCGUUGUGUUCAGGUGGUUGAGUGUCCCCAUGACAGCAUUCCCCGUACUCGCUCUUCUGUUGGACUUCAUUGAGCUCGAAUUGGACCCCGCCAGACUUGUGAUCCCACCAGAUCUGAGUCCCGUUUGCUCUGCUAAGUUCCUUCCUGUGCAACAGCCCAACGAUGCCAACUUGGGUAUAAUAUGCAGCGAUCUGCGGUUCAAUUGGAAUGAGUCUUUAGCCAACUUGCAGGAAUCUUUCGAGAAGCUAGCCGAGACGUCUAAGUUUGCUGACUAUUGGGCGCUGCAAAUGGCAGGAUGCACCGGGUGGAGAAUAAAUCCCAUCGACCCUCCCGGCUUCAACCUAAACAUAACGAUACCGCAGGAUGGCGGGCCAGCCAUCAAAACGGCAUUCCCCAUCCUCUUCGUUUCCAAUACUUUCGAUCCCGUCACCCCAAUGCACAACGGGCUGGCCAUGAGUCGCCGCUUCGUUGAUGCUGGGUUUUUGGAGCAGCGGAGCGAAGGCCAUUGCUCCAUUGCCACUGUAUCCUUGUGCACUAUGGGCAAAAUCAAGGCAUACUUGGAGGACGGCAUAGUUCCUCCUCCACCCAUUUUCUCUAAAGAUAGUGGUAUCAUCAAAGCAACACCAAAGGGUGUUUGGGAUAGGUGUAAAGCCGACGAGAACCCUUGGAGGCCGUUUGGCGGAACACACCACAACUCCAUGAGAUUGAAUCUUCAUGACAUGCGCUUCGUGAAGGCAUGGAGAGAAACGCACGAUAGUAUCCGCUUUGGCAUGUCUACCUUGGGGCCUAGACGAGACUCUGGUCCUCUUCAAAAUCUGCUGGAUAUGAGCCUCGAUGACCUGGAGGAUAAGUUAACCCAACUAGUUACCAAGAGCGGAAAACCCAAGCGAGGCUGAUGCUGUUAAGCGAGAAUUGCGAACUCACCAGGAAUGAAUAUGAGGCUCUUCGAAGUAUGGGGUAUUCGCGCAUAUAUCAUGAGCAAUUGUUGCAACUUCCCAGCAGAGACUCUCGAACAGAACACAGGCAUGCAAGCGUUUGCUUGGGCUGUGGAACCUCAUUGUUCAGGCUUUUGUGCCGAAAUCACGACACUGGAACGAGACAUAAACAGUCAGACUUGGUAGGGAAAGCCGCGUGAAUGUAAAGAGGGCAUAUUCUGGAAAACCUACAUCGGAUAGUAAACAUGCAUACUGGUGUUGCGAAUGUCCUUUCGCACAUCAACCAGGAAAAGUUCGACCUGUUCCUUCGUCCAGCCGAGGACUCUCGUGAACAUAGCCAUGGUCAUGCCCUGGAUCCCUUCUUCCAGGUUCGCCAGGACGAGCGAGCCGAAUUCCUUUUGCUUCUUGUCGCUCGGCCAGGUGUUCAUAGGCCACUUGUACUCCCUCGUCACAAUGUUGACGAAUCCGGCGUCGAGUAGCCUUUGUUUUUGUACCUCUAACGUAGGGAGCUCGGUUCUAACCUUUUGCGUGCCCUCGUCUAAGAGUUCGAACCAUUUGCGAAGAGCGCAUUCUUGUGGAUAAGUGUCGUCAUCACAGCGCACUG